UUGUGAUGUGACUUUAGGAUAUACCCAUACAUAAAGGAAUUUCCGAAGAUACAAGGUCACGGUUAAACAUAUAGAUAUUUUCAGAGUGCAGGCAACAGUUAUGUGUUGUUUUUAAGUGAAUCAGUUACAUAAAAUGGCUACACUUAGUUUGAUAUUUUCAGUAUUAGGGGCAUGGAUGGUUUUUCUACUGUUAGGAUUCACAAAAUUAUCUUACUUCUCAAAACCAGGUUGCGAUUAUACUGACCAAUAUUGUAAAUUUUUAAUACAAGCACAAUCAAUUCCCGUAGGAGAAAUAUUUGGAGCAUUUCUGUUUUGUUUUUUAGCAGAAAUUUUUGGUAGAAAAUAUAUUGUGUUGACUCUUUUCAUACCGAUAAUCGUUUAUUCAGCGCUGAUUGAGUUCAGUUACGAUUCAAAGAAUUUUAUUUUCGCAAGUUAUGCAAGAGCUAUUUCUUAUGGUGGAGCUUUAACUAUUUUGCCCGUAUAUCUUGGAGAAAUUUCUGAGAAGCAAUCAAGAGGAAAAAUAAUUUCAUCUGUGUUUGCAUUACAUAUUAUAGGAAAAUAUUUACAAGCUCUAACUAAAUCCAUUUUCAUUGUAGCUGGUAUUUCAGUGGUGCAUUAUGGGUCAAUAGUAUUAAGUAUCCUCACUGGUAUUGUUUUUGCUGUAUUUACUCGUGAUACUCCGAGUUUCUUUAUCCAACGAAAACAACCUCAACUAGCUAAAGAAAGCUUGAGAGACAUCAGGAAUGCAAAUGUAGAUAUUGAUCACGAACUUGAACAGCUAAUGGGAAAGAGAGUUAGUACAGAAAAUGUUGAAGGUACCGUUAUGCUUUGCUUGGAAUCUAAUGGAUGUCUCAAAGCGUUUAUAAUCAUGAUGAGUCUAUUAGGGUUCAAGAUUCUUACCGGAGAUUACACUCUCCUUUUGUUCAUUGCAUCACCUUUCAACACUACUCAACAUUUGAGUUAUGUAUACAUUUUAUUAGGAUACAUUCUUCAGUUGCUUCUAAGCUUUGCAAACCGGCUCUACGCGCUCUACGUAAUAAUGAAUAUUGACCUCAUAAAAAGCCAUACAUUUUUAUCAUUAACAUCAUUUAUUGGAAAUAUAUCAGGUGUUACUUUAUUCUGUUUUUUAUCAGAAGUCAUUGGAAGAAAGAGAACGUUAAUUGGGAUAUUUCUAACUUUAAUUGUAUCCUUCCAAACUGGGCUUUUUAUUAAAUAUUAUAAAAAUUAUAUUCUGUUAUGUGUAGUUGGAAUUACAAAGGGAAUGUCGUUUGGAGGAGCUUAUACUGUUUUACCAAUUUAUAUAAGUGAGAUCUCUGAAAAAUUCUCAAGAGGAAUGUUCAUUUCUUUAUCACAGUCUAUAUAUAUAUUAGCAGAUGUUAUGAUAGGAAAUGUCAUACCACAUGUAGAUACUGACCUUAUUUCGGACGUAAUUAACUACAUGUCGAUUUUAUUGAGCUUGUUAACAAUCACAGCAUUCGGUUUUCUUGCUAACGAAAGUCCGUUGUACUAUAUUGGGAAAGGAAGAGAUAGAAGUGCACAAAUAGCUUCAACAGAUUUGAGGAGCAUUCAUGAUGAUACCCAAUUGGAACUCGAUGACUUACAAAAUACAACUGAGGACAGAAUUGACAAUCGGAGACAUAACGAGAAGAUUAUGACUUGUUUGAAAUCGAACGGAUUCAUGAAAGGUGUGGUGAUCAUGAUUAGUCUAAUCAUAUUACAGGCUUUGUGUGGAGUACAUGUGUUAAGGACUUACCUAUUUGUUUUGCACGAUGUAUCACCAUCACUGAAAAUUUAUAUGAGUUGGUUGAUUGGUGGUGUAGACUUUCUAUCUUCUUUAGUAUGUGCGUUUGCAGUAGACCGUCUCGGAAGAAAAAGAUGUCUCUUGAUAUCCUUCGCUGGAAUGGCAGUCAGUUUAAUAUAUUUUUUUGUAAUAAAAGCUUUGUUGUCAAAUAACGUAAUCAGUGAGAGUCCUUUCUUGUAUGUUUUGGUUCUUAUAUUAUUUAAGGGUUUAUAUAACUUCGGCGCUGGACCAAUACCAUCAAUAUUCAUUACUGAAAUAUUUUCGUUGAAAACUAAAAUGCUGAUGUCAGCUGUUAUUGCAUAUAUAUUUGCAGCGUUACAAAUUGCAAUGUAUAAAGGAGUUUUGCUGUACAUUUCGUCAGAUAUUUGCUUAUGUAUAAAUAUUAUUUCUUGUUUUAUUGCUGUUAUAGUUAAUCACUUUUUGUAUUUAGAAACUAGUAAGAAAACUUUCGAUGAAAUACAGUUAGCAUUAAAAAGAUUCUGAUUUGCUGAUUUGAUAACGAUUUUUUUUUCCAUUAUUAUUAAGAUAUACCUAGUGGUCUAUUUAAAACAUAAUGCAUUUCCAUAAGUCCAACGGUACAUUGUGAGUUAAUCUUUAGUUCACACGUAAAGCAAAUUUUUCAACAAAAGUAAAUUGAAUUUACUUUUGUUGAAAAAUUUGCUCUUCUCUUUACUGAAUCACCAAAACUUACAAGACCUUUGGAAAAUACAUAUCACUACAUUUUAGGACAGCAUCACAAUAGAUGAUAAGAUAAUAGGGUCUAUAAACUGUUAAUUAUUUUGCAGUAGGUGGCAUAUUUUAGCCCGUGAAUUGGUUCAUUUACUAAGGAUUGAAGCUGGAUACCAAAAGAAAAUUAUAGAGCCUUUGAUACGGAACAGAUAUCUAGAGACAAAAACAGUUCUACAAAUUGUUUGUAGUAGAUUUGAUUCAAUUUCAAUUUAAUUUCAAACAAUUAUGAGCUUCAUUUAUUUACAUUUAAUAACAACAAUAGUUACUUUAAGUUACUUUUGCUGAUUAAAAGUUUUUGAUCUAGUUUUAUGAUUUGUCUUUGUAAAGUAUUUCACUUCAAUAAUUUUUUCAUACCAGAAAAAAGUUGUCUCGAGGUUAUUUAUCAGAGAUCAUCCACUUACUUUCAAUAUGAAGUGUAUUCCCAGUAUUAUAUAUGAGGUAAAUAUCCUUUGUCUAAAUUGUGAUAUCAUGUGGUAUCACUUGGACAGUAAGCUCCUCUAGAAUACGUUGUAAUCGCUGCUAAUGAAGUAAUAAAAACUUAUGCAUGGAGAAGUUUUGCUGGUACAAAUUGGGCAUACACAGAAUAAUGCGUUGCAAAUACAUCAUAAUUGUGAGGCCAAUUCUCAAAAAUGGGACGCUCUAUAAAAGUGGAUCAAAAAAAUAUGAAGAAUAAAGACUUGUCGGUUAAUGAUAUAAGAAAAUUUAAAAUCGUAAAAGAAACCAUCACAAGCAUAACACAGCAAUUCAUAAUAAUAUUUAGGAUGAUAUCAAAUCAUUGAGCAGUCAACUCAUCGAUGAAAAGCUGAUUUGGAGAAGGAGAACCCGUAUAAAACUCAAUGACGAGGGUAAGAACAAAUAUUUUUUUUUUGGUUUGGUUUCAGUAUCAAAGAAAAUAAGGAGAAAAAGUCCUAAUGUUACUAAGCUGAAAACACAAAUAAUUUUAUGAAGAAGAAACUUCGGAUCACUCGCCUAGAAAUUACUCUGCAAGAAUCAGCCAGAUCAGUAAAAGCUUUGGAUGAGAAUGGCUCGGUAUUUAAUUGAUCUUUUAUGCACUUUCAUAACUAUUAGAAUUCAAUUAACUGGAACUAUCUGAUUUCUUUGAGAUUUCUUCUCCACUAUGACUGAAUUUUGAGUACGUUGAUUGGGACAAGACUACUCAUUACUAAUUAUGUCAUAUAUUAGGGUUAUUCAUCCCAUAUUAAUCGAUAAUCGUAUCUUACAAUAGAAUAUUGUAAUGUUUCUCGUAUUUAUUUGCACUCUUUCUGUUCGUGGGGUGAAUUAAUAAACAUAGUAUCUCACGUUCUCAAUAUAUUUACAUACUAUAACAACACUAAACACUAAUAAUUCACUAGGUUUGAUGAAAGACUUCUGCUUUCAAUUUUUUUAAAAUAUACCCAAAUUUGUUUACCAAUUACCUGUAUUUCUUCGGAGAGAUAUGCAUUACAUGAUAAUUUUCCCUCGAAGUUCGAAACUACCUAAAGUAUAUCUAAAUAAAUAGACAAUUACACGUAAUGCUGCUCCUAUAAAUUGACUUUCACGUUCCCCACGCAAGACACUUCCAGCUUAUGGAAUACAACUUUGAUAACGGCAAUAAAAGACUUCGGAUACGGAGAAAAGUUAUGCGAAACUACAGUUUUUAUGUUGUAAAUGAAGAACACUAAAUUUUGUUUUUUUAUUAAUUUAAUGAAAAUAAUCAGAAUCUAAUUAUCAAAUUGAAUAGGAAAACAAUUUCAAAUUCGAGGGUUCAUAGCGCCUAAAUGAAGCCACCACAAAUAUAUUUUGGACAAAGUAAGUUUUAUUUUGGUGUCGGUAAUAUGUUGUAGACGAUUAUUUUUCAUAUCUCAAAUGGUGUGAAUACCAAGAUAUGAAAUAUCUCCAUCAAAAGCAAAAAAAUAUAAUUUUAAUCUAUUUCCACACAUCAAAUUAGUGUGAUAUUUUUAGUACAGUUUGUUGCCUUAUUUAAGGGCGCUCAUAAUUUUUCUAAUAUUGACUUAUAUCAUAAAGCAGUUAAUCGAAAGAAACAUUAUAGUUACUGAGAGGUUAGAUAUAGUAGGUAACGAAAAUCAAU